AUGUCUGCGACCACUCCCAGUGACGAGAUCCCCAUGGAUAUUCUAUCUUCGCCCUCGGAGGGGAGCUUCUCCUGUUCCACCGGUCCAACCACCCCGAGCUCGAGUCCACUCUUCCGUCCCUCGGAGGUCGACGAGCUCAAACCGGCGCAACUGGCCCCGUCGCGAGUGCUCAAUGAGACGGAUCAGCUACAGGAGGGGGUGAAGAAUGUCUGCGUGGUGGGCGCAGGAUACGUCGGUGGCCCAACAGCCGCGGUUCUCGCCCUCUAUCACCCGUCCAUCAAGGUCGAGGUGCUGGAUCGUGAUCCGAGCCGCAUUCAGCGGUGGCAGUCUCCGCACUUACCCGUCCAUGAGCCAGGACUGGACACUGUCGUGCGGAUUGUUCGAGAUGGUGCCUUCAUCGAAAGCCAUACCAGCAACAGCACGCCACUCAUAGGAGAAACGUCCGCCCCUCGGCGCCAACAGAAUCUGUUCUUCACCUGUAACUCGGCCCAGGCUAUAUCGCGGGCUGAUAUCAUCCUGAUGGCAGUCAACACACCCACAAAGAUGUUUGGCGUCGGCGCGGGCUGCGCCACCAACAUGACGGCAUUCGACGGAGCUAUGCGUGAUGUCGCGGCAUAUGCAAGGCCGGGGGCGAUCAUUGUGGAGAAGAGCACGGUGCCAGCCGGCACGGCAGAGCGGGUGCGGAAAAUGCUGGCGAAUCGUCGCCCGGGGGUACCCUUUGAAGUGCUUUCGAACCCCGAGUUCCUGGCCGAGGGCUCCGCUAUCGAGAACCUCACAGCACCUGAUCGAGUCCUGAUCGGAUCCGCAGCUACCCCGUCUGGGCACCAGGCGGCUCAGAUCUUGGCAAGUUUGUAUACAGCCUGGGUGCCCCGGUCGCGCAUCCUCACCACCAAUGCCUGGUCCUCCGAGUUAGCUAAAUUGGUGGCGAAUGCCAUGCUCGCUCAACGCAUCAGUAGCAUCAACUCGAUCAGCGUCAUCUGUGAACGAACUGGCGCCGAGGUAGGCCAGGUAGCCAAGGCCAUUGGCAUGGACGGGCGUAUCGGGCCACAAUUCCUCAAGGCCGGACUCGGGUUUGGCGGCUCCUGCUUUCGUAAAGAUAUUGCCAGUCUGGCUUAUCUGGCUGAGUCUCUCGGAUUAGAUGAUGUCGCGCAUUACUGGCGACAAGUCAACGUGAUGAAUGAGCGGCAAUGCAACCGUUUCUCACGGAAAAUCAUCGAUCGCUUCGAGGGAAACUUGGUUGGUCACAAGUUGGCGAUGCUUGGAUUCGCCUUCAAGAAAAAUACCGGGGACACGCGGGAGUCCUUGGCUGUUGAGGUGAUCCGAGUGUUGUUGGAGGAGCGACCGGCCGAGAUUGCCAUUUUCGACCCCUACUGCCAUCCGGAAGAUAUUCUUCGAGAGCUGAAGGAGGUGUGCCCAGGCCCCACUCUGGGACAGACGGUGAAGAUCGUUACAGACCCGUACCUGGCUUGCUCCCAGGCCAACGCGGUGCUGGUAGUCACUGACUGUGAUCAAUUUCGUAACUUCCCAUCUCAAAAACUACCCGCGCCCUCCAUUUCAUCGAAUCCCAAAGGUCUGGCUCGGAACAUAACCGCCGAGACUUGCAACGAAGAUGUUAAGCGACCCUGCGCCCGAUCGGAGAGCGAGACCUGGGCCCACGCGGGUGUGUCCUAUCAACUGAUGCCCCAAGAAGUGUGUGUCGCAGACUGUACAGACUGUCGGUUGACUUCAACGCGACCGACGAUGGAGUCGAUCGAAUGGCCGCGAAUUGCAUAUAACAUGGUUGAGCCCAAGUGGGUGUUUGAUGGGCGUGGAUUGUUGGACGCGGAGGAGUUGGAGAAGUUGGGCGUGCGAGUGGAUGUGGUGGGUCGGCAGCCGUCGCUUGACUCGCUUGCCGGGAUCAUUUAG